AUGGGCAUGGCUCCUCCGCUUCUCUCCUUCUUUUUUCUUCUUACCUGCUUCUCCUUUGACGUCUAUUCCUCUGCCUUACGAAUGCAUUACAAAGAUCACUGUACUUCUAUAGUCCCCAAGCCAAAUCUCCGUUAUCCCAGGCCAUCGCUUAUCUCCGUCGAUCAUUUACAGACAGCUUAUUUCACCGGAGCCGAUAGAAUUCUUGGCGCUAAUCCUUAUUCGCAGCAAAACUCAAUCUUUCUCCGAUUCUGGCGCUCGAGAGAAACUGAUGUUGCUGACGUGUUCGAAGUUAGAGGGUCAAUAUCAAUUACAAGCUCCAGUCCCCAUUACUAUGUUGGAAAUUCCAGCUAUGGUCGGUCGUCGUAUUAUAGGCCUCGUCGUAGUUCUGUGACCAUAAUUCUUGAGGGGUUCUGGUCUGCAUCCACGGGGAAGCUCUGUAUGGUUGGGUCAGGCAUUAAUUAUUCCAGAAGAGGUAAGACUUUCGAUCUGGAUGUUGUUUUAAAGCUCAAUAAUCUCUUCAACUCAAGUAAUAUCAGUAGUGUGGUUAGUGGGAGCUUGGACAGAUUGGAGAGGGAAGGGAUUGAUUUUGAAACCUUUCCUGUGCUUAUGCUUCCACAAUUCAACUACGAGUUCACCUUGGAUUCUGAAGAAUCUAAAAAUGAGUUUUCACAUGUCGCGAAUUAUGGUGAUACUGAGAAGGGCUUACCAGGAGAUAAGUACUUUUUCUGCUCAUCUCGUGUUUGGCAAGCAAUUAGAAAACUUCAUUUGCAGUACUUUGGUGACUGCAAUAUUUCACAGAAUUGUACUCCAUUUAGCGGGAUUCCUGGGGUUUUGCCACCUUCUGUAUCUUUGAAUCUAAUUGAAUGUACUUUUACCAAGAAGAAACAGCUGAGGGUUUUGGUAAACUUUGGUAAUCAUAGUUAUGAAGAUUUUGGUGACAACGUUUUUAAUCCCAGAACUACGUUAGUUGGAGAAGGGUGGUGGGAUGAAAAGAAGAAUCACUUUGAUAUAGUGGCUUGCCAUUUUCUAGGAUUGUCAUCUUCAUCCUUCUCUCGUGCUCAUGUGGGUGAUUGCUCAGUAAGAUUAAGACUAAGAUUCCCUUCUGUCUGGUCAAUCAAAGACACCAGCACCGUUGUGGGGAAGAUGUGGAGCAACAAAGCUGGGAAAGAUCUCGAUCACUUCAAGGGGAUCACUUUCAGAAAAGAAAAUGAUCAGAAUGUAGGUGUUAAAGGCUUAAAGUAUGAGUAUACCCAGCAAGACACAGUCAAAAGGUUGUGCCCAAGACACACUGUCAACCAUAAGGGGACAAGGUACCCAAGCCCAUAUUCCUAUAACAUGAAAUUUGAUAUGUCUGUUAGAGAUUCCAUUAGACAAGUAGCCUGGAGUCAUUCAGCUCCUUUAUCUGUUGGUGAUCAGUUCUAUGACCUGGCAUUUUCUUCAGCUGCUGGCAAAUUUAUCACAAGUGGCUUGUUUAACGUUAGCUACAAAAUCAGCAUGUCAUUGUAUGAUAAUCGACCCUUAAGGGACAAAAAGUCCUUGUUCGGUAAGUACAGUAAGACAGUAAAGAUUUCUGCAGAAGGAGUUUAUGAUGCAGGAGCAGGAAGUUUAUGUAUGGUUGGCUGCAGAAAUCUUUCCCCACCAAAUAAUGGGAUUUCAAUGGCUCAUUCUGUGGAUUGUGAGAUUCUGGUGAAGUUUCAGUUCCCAUCAUUACACCCAAGGUUUGCAGGCUACAUUGUGGGAAGCAUUGAAAGCACGCGCAAUGAAUCAGAUCCUCUUUACUUCAAGCUUCUUCGCCUAAGGUCUGCUGCAUAUUACAAGGAGUUAGCAAAAGAAACUGUUGAGAGAAAGGACAUGGAGAUCAUUGUGGUUCUGAUGUCUACCACUCUAUAUUGUGUUCUUGUGGGAUUCCAACUCUAUCAUGUGAAGAAGAACCCUCAAGUCCUUCCCUUCAUCUCCCUCACCAUGCUCUCAAUUCUCACUUUUUACCACAUGAUCCCUCUAGUUUUGAACUUUGAAGCUCUCAUCUCUCACAAUCACAAUGCUAAAAACUUCGUUCUUUCAGAUGUUGCGUGGCUUGAAUCUAACGAAAUAACAGUUAGACUAAUUACCAUGGUAGCCUUCUUGAUGCAGUUUCGUCUCCUUCAGCUUACUUGGUCUGCAAGAAACAGCACUGAUGGAACUCCGGAGAGACUCUGGAUUGCUGAGAAAGAAGCUGUAUUUGUGACUUUACCUUUAUACGGAGCUGGUUUCCUCAUUGCAAUGGUGAAGGGCAAGAACAACAAUAAUCAUUAUUUGGUCUCAGUGUCUUCCAGGUACCAGCAAACUUCAUCUUGGGAGGUUUUGAAUGCUUAUGGAGGAUUGGUAUACGAUGGCUUUCUCUUGCCUCAGAUCAUGAUGAACAUGUUCUCAAAUAUGAAGGAAGAUGCACUUUGUGGUCCAUUUUACCUUGGAACUAGUUUUCUGAGGGUACUGCCACAUGUUUAUGAUCUUUACAGGACUUCUCAGUAUGGGAGGCAAUACAGUGGAUCAUACUUUUAUGCUGAUCCAAGUGCAGAUUUUUACUCCACGGCUUGGGACUUGGCCAUUAUUGUGGGAUGCCACCUAUUUGCUCUCAUUGUCUACUUGCAGCAAUGUUUUGGUGGUUCUUGUAUUCUUCCUUCCAGAUUCAGAGGGUCUGAGACAUAUGAAAUGGUGCCUUUAGGGACUCAAGAAGCUGAAGUAGCAGAAGAGUGUCAAGAGAUGCCCAAAAUUUAA